GUGUUGCCUAUCCGGGCCCCACCCAUAAAUGCAGCCCGCCAGCCGCAUCGCCCACCCCAAACAUCCUCACAUUUUCUCUUCCUAUAGUGAACCAUCGUGCAGGCUGCAGAGACCCGAGAGGAAGCGAAGAUUUUGCGCUUCUGUAAUUUCUGUACUAGAUUAGAUACAUAAUACACGGUCUCUGCUCGCAUGGAGAAGAUGGGCAACGCAGAACCCAAUGUGGAAAACUUUUUAGAGGAGAAGAAGCGCGUCAGGAACCCUCUCGUCCCCAUUGGUGCACUUAUGACUGCCGGAGUACUCACAGCUGGCCUGAUCAGUUUCCGUCAAGGGAAUUCUCAGCUAGGUCAGAAGCUAAUGAGAGCUCGUGUGGUUGUCCAAGGUGCCACAGUUGCAGUCAUGGUUGGCACUGCAUACUUCUACGGGGAGGAAUUUAAUUUUCCCUGGAAAUCAGGCUAGUCUGUAAAACUGUUCUUUUCUGUAGUCGGCCCUUGUUUCAUUAUAUGGUUGAUUUUUAGGCAGGUCGCUCUUGCCAGAAAUCUUAUGUUACUUAUCUUCAUUUUUACUUGAAUUUGCAUAGUUGCUCUAGUGCAACUGAUUACCCAUCACAUUUAGUGAAAAUUUUUUUUUUAUUUAAAUAAACUAAUAAUAGUGCUACUAUUGUUGAAA